UAAAUUUCAAUAAUAAGCUGAUAACGGCUUAUUUUAAAGCUUGCAAACACCCUCUUGAAACAUUGCCAACUUCUAUCAGUUUCAGACCAUUUACAAAAAAGAAAAAAGCUUCUAGCAGUUUUCCUGCUUCUCAGCAAAUUGCACACGGCCUUUAUAAGUCCCAUAACUGUCCCAACCAAGACACAACUACACUCUAAGACAAAAACAAAUAGACAGGCAAUCCAAGAAAAUAUCCUCUUUCCACUCAAACACUUCUCUUCACCUAAUCCCAUCUUCAGGUCUCCACUAUUUCCCCUCUUUAUCUUCACACACUGAAUUUUAGCUACAGAUCAAGGUCUAUUGAGUACUUCUAAUGCUCUACAAUUAGAAAGAUCACAGUUCAAGAUCAGAUCAAGAAAUGGGCAAGUCCCAUCCCUCCCACCCCCCGUCCACCGGCCGCCCAAACUUCGCCUCAUGCAUCGUCGCCGCCAUUUCCCUCAUUUUCCUACUUAUCAUACCCUUUGUCCUCUACUUCACAAUUUUCAAACCCAAGGACCCAAAGCUCUCCGUCAACGCCGUCCAACUUCCCGCUUUCUCCGUCGCCAACUCCACCAUCAACUUCACAUUCUCCCAAUACGUCACCGUCAACAACCCCAACCGCGCCGUUUUCACCCACUACGACAGCUCGCUCCAGCUCCUCUACGCCGGGAACCAGGUCGGAUUCAUGUUCAUACCCGCCGGUAAGAUCGGUCCCGGAAAGACCCAGUACAUGGCCGCCACAUUCUCAGUUAAGUCCUUCCCCCUGUCGUUUUCCGGCCAGCCCCCGAGCCCGGGGCCCGCCCCUUCAGAUGGGCUUGGCGGGUUCCGCGUCGGACCCAGCAUGGAGAUCGAAUCCAGACUGGAGAUGGUGGGUCGGGUUCGGGUUCUGCAUUUCCUUUCGCACCAUGUGGAGGCGACGGCGGAUUGUAGGGUGGCCGUCGCCGUCAGUGAUGGAUCUGUUUUGGGCCUUCACUGUUAGUUAAUUUGUACUCUUUUGUAGCCCUUUCUUUCGUUAAUUUGAAAACAUGUGCUGAUCAAGAAAAGUGUAUAAUAUUGUUUUUCUUUUUUUCACUUCAGAAACUUUGGAAUAAUUUAAUGUUGUUUUAGAUCUUUGAUUAGUCAA